AUGUUUGUUCGCAACACCCAAGCGAGACAAAAAGGCGCCAUGUGGGAAGAAUCCAUGCGGGGGCGGGAGGGGCAGCAGGGCGUGCUGUCCCCUCGGUUCAAGGAGCAGAACCCAUACGGCGACCACGACGCCGUAGGUGAGAAGGCAUCGGCCGUCGCCGCGACGAGAAACAGCGCGGACAAGAUCAGAUGCCUCGACGGGCUCCGUGGAAUCGCCUGCCUGCUCGUCUUCAACUACCACUUCCUAUGGCCCUGGACGCCGGCCAUCAUGCUUGGCUUUGGAGCCAUGCCCCCCGGAUCGCCCGCGCCGUACUUUGAACUGUCAUCCCUGCCAAUUUUGUGCCUCUUGCAACGCGGACGACCCAUGGUGGCCAUCUUCUUUGCCAUCUCGGGAUAUGUCCUGUGCCGCCAUAUCUUAAGGGCGAUCCACGAGCGACGCUUCGAGGCCGCUUACCAGAGCCUGGCGUCGUCUGUGUUUAGGCGCGUCUUCCGCCUCUACAUCCCUCCCACCAUCAGCAUGUUCCUCGUUGCCCUGCUUGCUCAGAUGGGCGCCUUCAAGUCCGAGUUUGAUAUUUAUAAAGGGCCCGACUCGAGGUACAUCAACGGUACUGUGACUGUUGCUACAUUGAACAACACCUGCGUGAACGGCACAUAUGCCGUCGAAGGAGCUGUUGGAGUUGCAAAGUUUCUCGGCCUGCAAACCCCAGCCUUUUUGGGCAACGUCACGACCAACGACACAAACACUCUCUGUCUCAAUGCCACGUCCCAAUUCUUCAUGUCCCCAAUGCUCUACAAGCUGGCAGAUGACAUUGAGGCCGCUUCCAAGGUGGUGAACGAGACAAGCAGCCUGAACGGCACUGCAAUUAACAUUACAACGCAUGACCUUGGGGACAAGGAGACGCCAGAGAAACAUAGAUCCUACCACGACCUCCUUCACCUGCACUUGGCACCAGCAAUUCCCGAUGACGAGAAAGACUCGGCGAAUGUCACCGACCCUGUCACCUUCACUUGGUUCCAGCUAGGCGGCGCCUGGGAAGAGCACCCUUUCAUCCACGACAACAUGACCUACGCUCUUCAAAACUUCACGAGAGCUUACAUCGAGUGGGCCAACCCUUUCAACUUUGGCCACUACCACACGCGCUACGACCCGCACACCUUUACCAUCCCCAUGGAGCUACGCGGCUCCAUGUUCCUCUACCUCUUCCUGCUUGGCACGGCAGCUAUCCAGGCAAAGUGGCGCCUUCGAAUCGGCGGCUUCCUCUCCGUCUACAGCUUAAUCUUGGGACGAUGGGACAUGGCCACGUUCAUGGGCGGCGUCCUGCUUUCAGAAGCGGACAUCAGACGGGCUGAUCGCGGGUUACUCCCCCCCGCCACGAAUGGCAAGGGAGGCCGACAAGCAACCCUCGGACAAUCGGUCCUCGGAUCAAGGACAGCUCGAUGGGCGGCGCUCUUCGUGGCACUCUACCUGCUCUCGUACCCCGACACUGGAGCCGAAUGGACGCCCGGCUUCACCUUCCUCUCCUCGCUCGUGCCGCGAUACUACAUCCCCUUAUCGGGCUGGAUGUUCUAUCAGGCAAUGGGCGCCAUGCUCCUGCUCCCCUGCGUUCUGCACAGCCCAUUCCUACGCGGCGUGCUCGAGGGGCCGGUGGCGCAGUAUCUGGGAAAAAUUAGCUUCUCGUUCUAUCUCGUUCACGGCCCGGUGCUGCAUAGUCUGGGUUUUUGGAUCAUGCCGAGGCUUUUUGAGCGCUUCGGUCGGAUCCUGGGGUUCAUUGUCGGCUGGAUUAUGUUGCUGAGCGUGUCACUGUAUUUGUCGGACUGGUGGUGUAAAAAGAUUGACGCUUGGAGUGCGACUGUCGGACGGCGCGUGGAGAAGAUGUUGAAAGACUGA